CUAGCGUGUACUUACAGUCCGGUUCCAGCAUUUCUCUCGGGCGGGUGUUUUCUGUUGUUGCGUCGUGAGUCUUGAGGUUCGAGGUUGUUGCGGUUUCAGUCGCGUUUUUUUAUCCUUAGUUGUUAUUUGCGUGGAAGCGUCUUGGAUUGCACCAACUUCUUGCUUCUACAGCUUCCGGUGACACACGGACGGAGCAAUGUCUCUGGGAAUCGAAAUAUUCGACCUUCCGGCCCGACAUUUUCAGCUAUUUUGGGGCGCUUCCGGUGACAUGUGGCAGUCGCUGUGGGAUCGCUUGCUGGAUGUUACAGGUGACGAUCCGUUCCGAUUAUGGAUCUUCGGAUCGCUCAUCUACACCAUGAUCCUGUACUGGUCCAUCGGAUCGGUCUACACGCUACUCGAUGUUACCAACAGGCCAGCAUUUCUGCGCCGUUUCAAAGUUCAACCGGGAACCAACGAACCAGUCGACGGCGAUCGUCUCCGGAAAGUCAUCCGGCAGGUCCUGUUCAACCAGAUCGUCACCGGGCUACCGAUGCUGUUGGUACUUUACACCGUAAUCGGUCCACAAACGGCGGCCAUGAUCCGAGAACUACCGACAUUUCCCACCGUGAUCUGGCAUCUAACUCUGUGUGUAGUGAUUGAGGAAUUCGGAUUCUACUACAGUCACCGGUUGUUGCACGACGGAAGGAUCUACAAGUACAUCCAUAAACAACACCACGAGUGGACCGCACCGAUCGCCAUCACGGCCAUGUACGCACAUCCGUUCGAAAAUAUCGUUAGCAAUCUACUUCCGAUCGGCAUUGGUGUCUGGGCUACCGGUUGCCACAUUACCGUUGCCUGGAUGUGGUUCACGUUGGCCAUCUCCAAUACUCUGCACGUGCAUUCGGGAUACCAUCUUCCGUUGCUCCCCAGUCCGGAACAGCACGAUUAUCAUCAUUUAAAAUUCAAUCAGUGCUACGGAGUUUUGGGUGUGCUGGACUGGCUCCACGGAACCAACAAUAUGUUUAUGGCCUCGAAGCAGGCCGAACGGAACUACGUCCUGACCAAGUUUGUUCCAGUGCGGGAGCUUCAUCCGGAUGAACCGGUCGUGGACAAGAAGAGUCAAUGACUCGUGCCAAGUAAAAGAAGCGGGUUUCUACGAACCCAGAUUGGAUGUAUAAUACUCGAAAGUAGAAGAUAUUUUUUCCAUGAAAAUUUCGAACAAUGCAAUAUUCGAUCGAUAUUACGUACCUACAUAUCUACAAAAAAACGCUGUGAAUUAUAGAUGAAGCAAAUGUGUUUUUACCUAAUAAAUUAAGGCUGGAUUAAAAAUAAACUGUAUUU